CUGGCGAGGUUGUCUUUCCAAGAUGGCGUUUCGUGUGGCUCUUCGYAGAAUUGGUGCUAAUAUAGAACAGCUUGGUAUUCGUCAUGUUAGUGAUAACCUCUAUAACAACACUAGAAGUCAUCUCAUGAUUAACAAGGACACAAGAGUCAUCUGCCAGGGAUUCACAGGAAAGCAGGGUACUUUUCACAGCCAGCAGUCAAUUGAGUAUGGUACUAACAUGGUUGGUGGUGUGUCUCCUGGUAAAGGUGGAAACACUCAUCUUGGGCUUCCUGUAUUCAAUACUGUUAAAGAGGCCAAAGAAGAGACAGGAGCUGAUGCUUCAGUAAUAUAYGUCCCACCUCCAUUUGCCGCUGAUGCUAUACAUGAAGCUAUUGAAGCUGAAAUUGGUCUUAUAGUKUGCAUUACAGAAGGGAUACCACAACAAGAUAUGGUCAAGAUAAAGCAUCGGCUUGUUAGACAAGGCAAGACACGUAUGAUUGGCCCAAACUGUCCUGGUAUCAUUAAGCCUGGUGCCUGUAAAAUCGGUAUCAUGCCAGGGCAUAUCCAUCGACCAGGAAUUAUUGGUAUUGUGUCCAGGUCAGGUACUUUGACAUAUGAAGCUGUACAUCAAACAACGCUAACUGGACUUGGCCAGACACUUUGUGUAGGAAUUGGAGGAGAUCCAUUCAACGGAACAAAUUUUGUAGAUUGCCUGGAGGUGUUCCUGAAUGACCCUGAAACAAAAGGUAUUAUUCUUAUUGGUGAAAUUGGAGGUGGAGCUGAAGAGAGAGCUGCCGAAUACCUACUAGAACACAACCAGGGUGAUAAUGCUAAGCCAGUUGUGUCAUUUAUUGCUGGUAUUACUGCACCUCCCGGAAGAAGAAUGGGACAUGCAGGAGCUAUUAUUGCUGGAGGCCGAGGAGGAGCUGAACACAAAAUUCAAUCUUUGAAAGAUGCUGGUGUUGAAGUGACAAUGUCACCUGCACAGAUGGGAUCAACCAUGAAAAAGCUUUACCAAGAACACUUGAAUAAAGAAAAGUAAUGUAAUUUGAUAACAAGAUCAUGCUGAAAAACCUAUUCUAGUGUUGGUUGUGUUAAUUUAGUGCAGUGCAUUACAUUAAGCUUUGAGGAGUUUUUUUAGGUCAAGGGAAAAGAAGAUGUUAAAAGCUUUUCAUUGUACUGGAAAAAUAUAUUUUAAAGUUUUGUAUAGGUCUGUUGAUGUGUCAAAUUAUAGUUAGUAAUCUCUUAUUAUGUUGUUAUGUGCUGUACAAUAUUAACACCUUGUGAAAUUUUGAAUCUAAUGAACAAUACGUCUAAGAAAGACUUAUUAAAACUCUUAAAUAAGRAAAC